AUGGAGUCGCCUCAGGAUCGUGAAUUUCGAGUCAUGGAGCAUCCUGAUAUUCCCAACCAUGACUCGGACAGCUCAGGGUCUUCCGACGAACUUCUACAGCAGCCGUAUGCAAUGAGGGCCAAUUCUACCUUUCCAGAAAUCUUCGACCAAGCUCCGGUAGUCACCACUAUCGCUUCGUCUCCUCCUUCCUCGCACGCUACCUGUCUGCCAGCCUGGGCCAGCACACCAGGUCUGCGCCCCCGUGGCUCCAGCGUCGGUGCAGGCGCUGCUCUCGACAAAGUCCCGCCUGUCGACGGCCUCCCUCUCACCGAUCGAGAAUUGCGACCACAACGCCCGUCUGGCCCCGCCAGGACCCCAUCCAACACCUACGCACCCCAGAGACGUCCACCUCAAUACAUUAGCCUCCAGAACGACCGCCAAAGGUCCUCGUCGACAAGAAGGAGUUCUCGACGUGAUCCUAAUGCGCAAUACCGGGCCCAAGAAAAGGCGUACGUCCAACGCAUUCGGGCAAAUCCACAGGCGUGGUAUAGCCAUUUCGACGAUGCCCAGAACAUGGGUUUGACGCCGGGUGACUCGGAUUUGGAGGAGCCUUCCCCGUCGUCGGAGGCUCCGUUCGAAGAUGACGCAUAUGAUCCUGACAUUCAGCUGUUCCUCCCGGAUGAUAACCAACCCACGCUCGAGGAGCUCAAGAACCCCAAAAAUCAAGAAAGACUCGAGUGGCAUUCUAUGUUGGCCUCUGUCUUAAGAGGAGAUGUUGUCAAACAGGAGAAACAAAGACUGCUUGGCUCAACGGAGACAAAAAGGUCCGCGGCUCAGAACAAUGCGAUCUGGUUGGGAGUUCGAGCCAGAACAUGCGGCCGGAGUGUGGCCUUACAACGAAAGGUCAUUGAGGAAGGUAGAGCUGGUCUUGGACCGAUCGUUGAAGAUAUUAUUAAUUUCAAAAUCAAGGGUGAGACUGAGAUUGGCAAGUCGCCUAUCAAGCAGGUCGAGGACAUUGUCCAAAAGAUCGAGGAAUGCGAGAUGCUGUACUCUACACAUAAAGAGUUGGAAGCUGCAAACCCUCGAGUGGCAUCGGAGGAAUUCUGCUCAAGCCGCGAGGCCGUCUUCGCGUGGCACAACACUAUCGCCCUCAUCAACACCGAACUGGCCAUUCUGCAGAAGUGGGUAGGCAAUGAUGAACUUGAUUUCAGCAAACCCAAGAUCAAAUCCGUCAACAGCGAUCUCUCGGACGGAUCGUCAUUCCUCGAUCGCAUUAUGAAGGAAGACGGUCUCAAGACCCUCCAAGGAGAUCACAAUAUGCUCAACGGCAUUGGCGAGGUGAUCAAGAAAGCGAAGACCACGCUGAUUGAAAACGCGGGCUCAUUCGCCCAACGGCAUCUACCUCCAUACAUUGAAGAGCUUCUCACACUGAUCAAUUUUCCCUCGCGCCUCAUCCAAGAAAUCAUUCGCGUUCGCUUAUCUUACGCCAAGAACAUGAAGGACCCUGCGCAACAAUCACCGAUUCUCGUCGACCAGAUGAUAUCGCAGUUUCAGAUACUGAUGAAAGUCGCUGUUGACAUCAAACAACGCUAUCUUGAUAUAUCGAGACCUGAGCCCGGAUGGGAUUUACCACCUUGCAUUGAUGAGAACUUCGACUCGGUGGUAUUGGAUGCCUUGAAAUACUACUUUCGCCUUUUGAAUUGGAAAUUGAAUGUGAAUAAGAAUACAUUCAAGGAAGCCGAAAUCCUGGAGCAGGACUGGGAAUUUUCGAACGACAUUGGUCGCCAACUCGAAGGUGGUGACAUCGAGGUUGCUGAACAAUUCAGUGCUCUGACGGCCAAGUCACUUCAACGUCUAAUGAUCCAUUUUGAGCGUGAGUUGACGGCACGGCCAAAUGAAGACCCAAUCGAUAUGGAUAAGAGAUACAAAAGUGUGCUCGACUCCACGAGAAUCAGACAACGGAAGCUUUACCGAUUCUCCCGCUUCCUGCGUCAACUGUUUGAAAACGCUACAGAGUACAAUAUCUCGGCUGAUAUCGCGUACGAUUUCUUCGAGGCGUUGCUCAUUUCGGAUCAUUUCCUGGUGAGGUCAAACGCCUCUGUCGGCCAGAAAGGUGUCUACCUCUUUGCGCAUCAUGCGCUGUGGAACAGACCUACAGACAUCCAAGCGAUUCUUGCGACCUCAUUUCGAGAAGAAGAUGUACCCAAGGACUCGGUCCACACACCUUAUAUUUUGGUAAUCCGCCCCGAAAAGCCCCUGUCCUGGGCCGGUAAGGAGAUGCAGGUUGAUUUCCUGGAACAACCCACGGAUGUCCGACUCGGCAAGUGUCGUCUUGUAGUUGAGGGAACGCAGCAACGACUCGCCAAUGCUCGGCAUGAGCUGGUUCAGUUGACUGGAAUACAGCUGGACAUGGCUAUUGAACAACGAGCGAACCUUGGACGAGUCAACGUGGAGCUGAACAAGAUUAAGAAGAUCUCAUUCAAGCUUUCCAUGACUAUUAUGGACAGUGUUGCGAUCAUCAAGGACCAACUGAAAUCGAGAGGCAUAGAGAACACGGAGCUUAUCCAAUCCUGCUAUGCUUUCGCGACAGAGUUUGGCAAGCGUUCUUCAAAUUAUGUCGACCCUAACCGACGUGCUAUGAAUAGCGCUAGACUUGUCGAACUAUCACUAGAAUGGGUUUCUUUCAUUUGCGAUGACUGCGAUGCCGCUGACAGAAAGACAUUUAAAUGGGCCGUGGCUGCCCUUGAAUCCGCAAUGGCCAUCACGUCCAGCAGACACCUUCUCUCAAUGGACGAUUCCCAAUUCGGUCAAUUGAGAUCAAAAGUGGCCGGAUGCAUGUCGUUGCUGAUUUCUCACUUCGAUAUCAUGGGUGCCCGUUCGUCGCUUGCAGCCCAAGCGGAGAAGCAGCGCAUGGAGGAACGUGCGGGAGCCCGGAAAAUCGGCGCUGGCCGGAUCCUUACAGAUGCAGAAGCUACAAGACUUGUUCGCGAGCAGCGUUUGGCUCGCUUGCAUGACAUCGAAGAUAAGCGAGUGGAAGAAGAUGCUAAGCGCCAGGCCCUCGGAAGAGUACUUGAAGGGUCCAACGAGGCUGACCGAUCUCUUGCGGUCCUCUCGUCCUCUGCGACUAACGUUACACUUAGAUGGCAGCAAGGUCAAUACAUCGGAGGUGGUACUUUUGGAUCUGUCUAUGCCGCCAUCAACCUCGACAGCAACUAUCUCAUGGCGGUCAAGGAAAUUCGUCUUCAAGACCCUCAACUUAUUCCGAAGAUUGCCCAGCAGAUUCGGGAUGAAAUGGGGGUAUUGGAGGUCCUUGAUCACCCUAACAUAGUUUCCUACCAUGGUAUCGAGGUUCAUCGAGACAAGGUCUAUAUUUUCAUGGAAUAUUGCUCUGGCGGCUCUCUGGCCAGUUUGCUUGAGCAUGGCCGUGUGGAAGAUGAGACAGUCAUUAUGGUCUAUGCUCUCCAACUGCUCGAAGGAUUGGCAUACCUACACCAAGCCGGUAUUGUCCACCGGGACAUUAAACCUGAGAACAUCCUUCUCGACCAUAACGGCAUUAUCAAGUAUGUCGAUUUUGGCGCUGCCAAAAUCAUUGCGCGCCAGGGCAAGACCGUAGUUCCGAUGGACGCCUUCACCGGAGCUGGUCACAAGGAUGCUCUCGUUCCCAAGGACUCCCAAAUGGCGCAUCAGCGGGGCAAGAACCAAAAGACGAUGACCGGAACACCAAUGUACAUGUCUCCGGAAGUGAUUCGCGGCGAUUCUUCCAGGUUAAUCCACCGCCAGGGAGCCGUCGACAUCUGGUCACUGGGCUGUGUGAUCUUGGAGAUGGCCACCGGUCGCCGACCAUGGUCUACCCUAGACAACGAGUGGGCAAUCAUGUACAACAUUGCUCAGGGAAAUCAGCCCCAACUACCUUCACGCGAUCAACUCAGCGACCUGGGCAUUGAUUUCCUCCGCCGUUGUUUCGAAUGCGAUCCCAUGAAGAGACCCACAGCCGCGGAGCUGCUACAGCACGAAUGGAUCGUCUCUAUUCGACAACAGGUCGUCGUUGAGCCCCAGACACCAAGCAGUGAUGGCGGCGGUAGCAGCAUCAGCAGCUCCAGCUCAUGCAGCCGCCAAAAUUCCACUUACAUGUAA